AUGCGCUUUUGGUAUUACAUUUGCAACAGGAGAAAGACCUCUUCUUUAUCUUAUAAAAUAGAGGUCUUGGUUGUGCAUUUGAACCCAAAUAAAACUGAGACGCCGGAAGAACUUCUCUCGGUCUCGGAUAACACAAGUGACCACUGGAUUUUUGUACAGCUUCCUCUCACAUUGGAUAAAUACAGAGAUGUUAGGGCCAAGGUCAGUAUCAUUUCUGUGAAAUGAUCAUGUGAUUACCAUUUGCAGUCACUCUUUUGUUGCUGUCAUUGACCCUGUCGCAAUCACUGUCAAUGUCACUGUUAUUGUCACUAUUUCUGGACUGUCAUUGUCAACUGUCAAUCUUAUUUUAACUGUCGCUGUUAUUAUCACUGUCAUUGCCAUCCUCUCUGUCACUGUUACGGUCAUCGUCUUUUUCUCUGCACCUGUCUCUGUCGCUGUCACUGGCUGCAGAAAGGCACACACCGUAAGAGUGAAGUGUCUUGUCCAUGGACACAGUACAACAAUAAUGACUCGGCCAAAGCUUAAAGACCUUCCAAUCCAAAAUCCAGCGUACUGAGUGGUAGGCCCUUGCGUUUGCCAAAGGUAGAGGGUAAGGAGAAGACUUAAAAAGUGCCUGAAAUCAAAGAUUUGCUAUCAGCAACAGCUAUCACUCAAAGAGAGUUCCAAAAGAAUGAUGCAACCUUCGCAUUCAUAUUUGGACGGUUUGUGGUAAACUACGUCGUUUCAAGUAAUACUAAACCAGUAGGUGUCUGUCUAAUGAACUUUGCUGAACGUAUGCACUGUGAAUCAGAUAAAAAUUCAAGGUGUUUUUUUUUUUACUUAAGAUUUCCUUCAGGGGAACAGUAAGCUCCAGCGGAAAAGUGAUGUUUGCAAUUGAUGAUGUCUCAUUUUCGCCGGAAAAAUGCGAGAAAAUACCAUUCACCGACAAACAGAGUAGGAACUGUUUUUUUGAAAAGUUUUUCACUGAUUUGUCUUCUUUUCAGUAUUUGUUUUAACUUCAUUAACCCUUUAACUCCCAUGAUCUCAUUAGUAAUUCUCCUUACUGUCUGCCAUAUAGUUCUUGUGAUUUUAGUUUGGAGAAUUUGGUAUUGGAUCAACUAAUAAUUCCCCAAUUAAUGUUUUUCUUCAUUCUCGUCACUUGUCUGCUUGAUAUCGUAUUGAUAUUGUAAGGAGAGAUUCUGUCUUGGUCACUCAUGGAAGUUUAAGGGUUAAUCUAUCUUUUUAUUCAUCAAAAGGCUGUAAAAAUUGUGUAAAACUCGAGAACUGGACCAGUACCCCUGGUGACGCUAAGUGGAGACUUGUCUCUUCCUCUGAAGUGAAAACACGUGUUGAAAAUUUACAAGAUAAUGUGACUGGAAGUUCACAAAGUGGUAAUUGUUUCUCAUGAUGCUAAGGCUAGUUAUAAUUCUCCCCUAUUUACGAACCCUUUAAUGGUUACAUCUACGUAGAUCUCCCAAAGAGAUGUUCCCAAAUAAAGAUCGCCACUCACAUGCCUCUCUCGCCAUCUUUGACUUGUUACCGUUAAAAAAAAUCAUCGCAUACAAAGGGAGUCGGAAUGAUCAACGCAUAAAACGAUGGUUAUCGACAUAUUGUCAAAUUCCAUGUACAACUGUUUAGAAACUGGAAUGCAGAGGUGUUCGAAAAGUAUGACUUCAACGUUUUAGUGUCUUCUAAUAUUUUCCCUCCCUCCCCUCCCCUCCCCCCUCUAUAUUAGCCCACCGAAGACUCCUCUACGACAUUGGUUUAAGUUUAAGCGUAUACCCGAAAAUGUUUUGUGCAGCUAACUGGUAAUAGUCAGUCUACUCAAGAGUUUAUUUCUUAUAAUUUUUUCACUUAAUUACUAUGAACGUAAACAUGUACUACUUGCUACAUUUAAGCCAAGACCGAAGUGAUGAAUGAAUAAAAGUCAUCCUUUUACCAAGAAAAACGCCGCCAUAACUAGGUAGAACCUUGCGAAUACUGGGGUAGUUUUACUUUACUUCACAUUGUGGAUAGCAAUUAAAGGUUUUCUCUCGUUUCUUUUUCCUCCUCUGUUAAAGUGCUGCUUUUUGAUACAAUAUGCAAAAGCAUGCAUGUUAGGAAAUGGCUCCAGAAGGAUUUAACCAAGGGUACACUGUGUGUGUGGAUUAGAACCAAAUUCCCGGGCCUGCAGCUCGAGUAUAGGCAAAACACUGACGAGUGUCGAGGGAAGACUUUACUUCAACUAGUCUUUCAGUCUGCUCUGCUGAAAAUUAGAUUACAUGAGAAAGAAUGGUUAGUAUAACAGAUUGUUGUUUGUUUUAACUCAUCAUCCCCAAGUCAGCGCUUCAGUUUUCAAAAUCCAAGAAUAAAUACUGGUUGUGAUAUAUGUAUGUACCAAGAGAAUAUAAACAGUUUCUAUUCUCUUGGGUACACCGAUUGAGUAAAGGAGUCGCAAAAUGUCAGACGUGAGCUCAGCAAUGUUCUUUGUAUCCUCUUCAGGAAAAGGUACACUUCUUUGUUUAGUUUCUGUAACCGCCUCUGCAUGCCCACCCGCGCAAACAGACGAUUCACCCUGAUCCUUCACGCGCGUCGAUCAUCAGCUAUUACUUGAGACAUACGGUGGAGUUUCCAACCGCCUUCAGCCUGAGAGCACCUCUGAGAAGGUGGCAAUAACGAGGCAUUUCGGUGCUCAAGAGCAUUGAUUAUAAGGGGUGACUUGAUUAUCUCUUCCGACCUCGGGAAAUCCUAUCCCCAGAACUAGCUGAAGCUAUCACUCCCCUUGCUUAUUUUAAACUGGCUACUUUAUGAUUCCAUUAGCAAGUUUACUUUAAAUCACAGUACUUUGCUUUAUUUUGUUUCCGAACGUCAGAAGUCAGACGUUACACUGAUUUUUUUAAUGAAACAUGUUAUCUCACUUUUUAGGAAUACAUCAACCUCCGUAAUUGACGACAAAUGGCACCAUGUUUGCGCCAGCUGGGGCGAAGUACAAAUGAGCGGAGUUUUACAAAUCUACAUUGACGGACAAAUUAAACUGAAGGAGCCUCGUGUUGACGUGGAAAAUCCAGUGACAGGUACCCAACAUAUUAUUUAGCUCCUAUGAGAUAAAAAGAAAAGGUUUUGCUGAAAUCCGUUAGUUUUUAGCAGCUGUGAUCAAACGUUGAUUUUCAAAAGCGUAUUUUUGGCGAGUGACCCACCACACGCCGGAUAGUGAAAGAGGAAUUACGGUGACGUGAAUUCUCGUGAUUACGAAACAUAUCAACAGAAGCGUCGUGUCACAGCAGAUUUCUGAGGCAACGACACACCUGUAUAACAAGGAUUGAAAUGUGCCAAUCACAGCAGCUAAAAAUCAGCCAACUGUUGUGUUGUUUCAUGCUUCAUAAGAAGACGCACAUCACCUUCCCCUGUCGAUUGAUGGACUUGCAAGAAGUCGAAACAAUACAAUUUACAUACGAAGUGAUUAUAUCGUGAAACCGGUAUAAUGUUUAACCUAGUGCAAAGAGGAUUUUGGGAGCACACUAGAAAAGCUUGUAAAUCACUUGCUUCUGACUUGUGAUUUCGACUGAAAAUUUUGAGUAUUCUCUCAAUAACCCAGGUGGGUUAUUAUGCUGGUAAAUCGAUGGAACGUUUUCUGUGAUUUUACUACUGCAAUAAACGAUAGGUUUUGACCAAUCAGGGCGUGCGUAGUACGUCAGUUAUUCAUAAAACCAAAUAAUCGUGAUAGGACCAAGUGGAGUCUAAUUCGGUCUGUAAUCAUACCUUUGAUUAACAAAUUCGGACGACCGCGAAGCGGGAGUCCGAUUUGUUGAUCAUGAGUAUGAUUACAGACAGAGCUGGACCCCACUCGGUCCUGUUACCAAUUAAUCAUAACUGUUACAAUUUUCGAAAACAACAAAUACAUUCAGGACAAAUACGUUCAGUAGAAACAAUGUCUAUGUAAAAAAUUCCUCAACUUUGGAAAUUCCACAACUUUUUUAGGAUAAGUGGUUGUUGCUAUGGUUAUUGUGAUCAAUUCUGUGAUUGGUGACUGAAAGGACCAAAUAUGGUUGGCUGCUUAACUGUCCGAUUACAGAUGUCCGAUUACAGCCAACUGUCCAAUUACACUUCCAAUUGCAACUCUACAGAAUGAUCUGUUAAAAGUUAAGCAGCUACUGCACCAAUCACGUUUGAGGAAAUUGUAAUGGUUGUGAUUUAUGAAUUAAUCGUUUGCGGUAAUAUUCCCUGAAUUACAACCUUUCGUACUUCAAAGGGAGAGGGGACUUGUAUCUAAGAUUUAAGGAGGAGACAACCUCGAGUGGAAUCUACGGUUAUAUUAGUGGACUUAACGUGUGGAAUCACGUGCUCGAAUCACAAGAAAUAUGGCGCAUGUCUCUUGGCUGUGCAAAUGAAACAGGAAACGCAGAAGCCUGGACGAGAUUCCAAUCUUACUUGAGCUAUAAUUCAACUCAGUGCUCAGUGAUUCGGAUAAAGAAGGCUUUAUCAUGCCAAGAUCGUGAAGGUUCGUUUCAGUCUCAAUUUAUUUUUGCGAAGACUAUGUCAAAAAUAUGCCAGUAAAUCUGAUUAUCAUAACAUCUGCAUGAACGAAAGCCCGCAAUCAGGUAAAAGACAAUGAUGUUCAAAACCAAAAUUCGACUUUUUUGUUUUUUAACUCAGUCUCCCGAUUAUGCCGAUAAAAAGCAUUAUCUCAAGAAGUAGAAAAUGCAGGUGACCAAGUUGCGAAUGGUUUUGGUGCAUUUUGCAAUUGAAAGACGAAGGCGUUUGUUGUAUUUGGGGUUGUAUUUGCUUGACCUCACUUGACUCUUUAAAAAUUCACUUUGCUCUCCCAAACAUUUAGAUGAGCAAAUUGCAAAAAAAUUACAGGGACUUAGCCACUAGUUUUCCUCAGGAUUCGAAAGUCUAUUUGGCUCUUUUACAUAUUAACCAUUUUCUCUGUUUUUUCUGAUUGCCUGUAAUUUCUUUUCAUUAGCAAUAGUUUUGCUUUUACGACACUCAUUUUAAAUCAUGUCACCAUGUUUCAUCUCAUGAAACCUUUUGGUGAUAAGAUAAACAAUGAAUUUCGCGGCAAACUCUUUGAAUUCUCUCAUUACAGGCGAUAGAAUGAUUCUUGAUGCAAGUAGAGGUCGAGCAGUGCUUAAGAGCCCGUGGUUUAUCCGGUCAGAUGGUGGGCAUGGAAAGUGUAUAAAGUUUCGCUUUAUGUUCUUUGGUCACGGAAAUCAUUCACUACAUUUGAUUCAAAGCGUUAAUGAAGACUUGGAGCCAACACCUAUUUGGGCAAUAAAUGGCACUGAAGAAGACUACAAACAAAAAUUAUGGCAAUAUGGACAGGUGUCAAUAACAGGAACAGUGCGUCAUCGGGUAAGGAAUGAGGUGCCUUAGAGGGGUUUUUUUAUAAUCAUUUAGUCAGACUGUGUUGCGAUUUAUCUGGAAGGAUAGAAGUCCCAUGUGUUACAACGCAAAACAAUUACUUUCUCAAUAUGAAAAGAAGAUAUUUGACUUUUGACACUAGCUUAGGACGAAUAAAAAAAUCUGAGGCUAGAUGUGGAUUUAACCCCAGCUUAUUCAAACUUUUCCUUCAGAUGCUACGCCAGAGGAUUCAGUGGUGAGCCCGGCCAUGCAAUAGGAACACGGCGGUUAAACUUCAGGCUUGCGCAAAAGGUUCACUUUUAGACGGCCGUGCGCCAAUUUCUCGCGCAAAAUUUCAGAGGAAAUAAGAAUAAAAGAAACACUGUCGCCUUAAAAUGCGCGGAAAACAUCGAAACGUUCACUGAAUUAUUUAAAAGGAAAAUAAAGUAUGCAAAAGGAAUACCCGAGGCUUUUAGAACACAAAGCUUGUUCAGUUACGUGUGAUUUAUCACUCUGAGCUUAAUACAAUACAUCGCACGCUUUUAAAACGCCGUCACUUACUAGCUUGUGUUGUUGUUGUUUUCUUUUUAACACUUGUAAGAAAACGAUUACCGCUCGAAUAUGCUUAUGUAGGCGAUGUAGGUACAUGCGUUUAUUGGCUACAAAAUAAUGUUAUCUUAGCACUCAAAAAUUUGCUCCCCACAAAACUACACAAUGCACUUUUGUUGUUUCAGUUGAUUUUUAGAGGUCAAAUAAACUCAAAGGACGAUGGCUACAUAGCAAUUGGUGGUCUAUAUAUUGUACCUGGUUACUGUGAGAUUCAGCCACCAAACGCAUACCAAGGUGAGCACGAGGUUAAGUGAUAUAGAAGGAGUUAUGAAUCAUGAAGACCACUCACAAGUGAGAAAGGAUAAAGUGAUGUGGAGGAUGAGUUGACUACAAAAAUAACAUGAAUUUGUGUGAGCAAAGAAACUUGGAAAAAAUUACACAAAUCGGAAUUGAAGAGAAUUUCACCCAUAAUUUUGAAAAAAAAUCCCUAAAGCCUGACAUUUUUCUGUAUUUCUUACUGGUUUCUUUAUUCCUUAGGUAAACUACGUUAGUUCUUUAGAAUGUGCUUAGAGCGCGAGCCUUUCAAAAUUACCCGUAAGGGUUUACAGUGAUCUAAAUUCGGUUCUGAUUGGACGUAAUUUCUGUAUUCACCAGGAUGAGUUGAACCUUGGUUGGUUGUGAUUAAUUGUUAUCGAAUGAUAUGGUAAUCUCAUUCUCAGACUUUCACGGCUAAGCGGUUGUAAAUACAGUUAAACGGUGGGAUCUGGGUACGAGAUAAAUCACAUUUUUACAUUUUAUAGAUAUCCCAUCAUAUAAUGAACGAAUAGCAACUAAUGCACCUUUAAAGGUAGCAAAAGUAGAAUUUCGAGGCUAAGUAAAAUGCAACGCGAUCGCUGAACCUGGGCAUCUAUCGUUGCUAAUAUUAUGAGACAACUGUCGUCAGAUUUUAUGACGUUCUAGAGACAUCGCAGCUUCAGGACUAACGUUAGUAAACAAUUAAGGAACUUUAAUGGGGAAGAGAGAAGUUUUAAAGGUACACUGGCCACUUGGUCGUGUAUGAGAAGGCAAUUUUCAAUUUAAAUUUAGCGCAAUAUAAUAUUUGAAAUUCCGAGAAGCAUAGCCUUAACUCUAAGAUGACAGGGGUUCGAAUAUUCAAAGGUUCGGAGUCAAGGGAGUAUUUUGUGAUACUGAAGGAAUGAUGGCAGCAAUAUGUAAGCUUAUUGGGAGUUGAUACCCUGCCUGCACGAGUGACCAUCAAAAUCCGCAUAAUGAUCUCAUCAAAUCAAUUUAUAUAUAUAAUUAUACAAAGUUGUGUUCUUUUUAAGGUUUUCGAAAAGAAAUCUUGAAAAAUCAAACGACUGGCUGGAUUUUGUCUCCCCAAUACCCUGGAUAUUACACGAACGACGCUUCUUAUACAUGGACCCUAAUAGCUCCUCCUGGUCACGUGAUCAAGUUAGAGUUUGUCUUUUUUGACCUGGAGAAUAGCAGUGAGUGCUCACGGGAUUUCGUGGAAGUAAACGAAUCUCACGUUACAUACGGACGCUUUUGUGGUCAAACCAUUCCAGCUGUAAUUGAGUCCAAAGGAAGAAUAAUGUUCUUACUCUUCAAGUCAAAUGGAGAAGUGAUAGGAGGAGGCUUCAAGGCUAACUAUACGGCAAUAAAAGGUAAUUGAUGGAUACUGAUGUGAUACGUCAGGGGGAUGGAAUAGAUGCUAUUAAGGAGCAGUGCCCACAUUUCUGGCCAGCCAUGCGUGUCAGUCCCAUUUAGAUUGAUAAAACCGAGGUCGAUCGGAACCUCCCUUUAAACAGUUAUGAAAGGAGAGGUGGCAUUACACGUAGAAUGCAAAAAUGAUCCCAGACAGAUCUGAUGUUGAACGUUUGAUGGUAGACACUGCGUUGCACUCAUUGGGGCAGCUCGGUUAUCAUACUCUAACAAACACCUCCGGGAAAAUGAGUUGGGUUAUUCUGUUUAAAUACCACAAGUUCAUGAAAUUAGAAAACUUAUUUAUCUUAUUUCAAGACUGACUCAAUUUUAUUCUUUGCAGUUCCAAAUGUUUGCCUUGAAAAUGGUAAGCUGUCAGUCCAGCAAAUGCAGACUAUCAGUUUUUUAAUGAAUUGAAUCAAAGAAGAGAUCCAUGUACACCACCUUUUUCUCCGCUUCAAGCAGAAAUUUCGUGUUUAACUGUCUUCUCUCCAUUUUUUUGAUCUAGGCUGUCCAAAGAAUUGUAAUUGCUGUAAGACAACUUAUAAUCUUAACCUUGUUGUUCAGUGCAGUGGCAAACUGUCGGAAUUUCCGGGGAUCCCAAACGACACCACUAUUAUGUAAGUUCUGUUCUUUUUGUACCCAGCUCCUCCCCCCUUGGAUGUCGCAGUCAGUAUGUAAGCAUAAGGGCCACGUCUUGAGUCAAAAACAAUGACGUGGAGACUACCUUCAUCUCUGAAAGACGCCGCAAGAACCAAUGGGAACAAAGGAAAAUAUCACGUGGAGCUAAUGAGAACUCACAAUAAAAACUAGACUAGACAGUAGCUUGAAGCGCGGGAAAACGCGAAUGACGUGACGCGAUUGGUCUUAGUGGCACACGUUUCUAUCCAGACCGUGCGGAGCGUAUUGAGGUAAACUCGGCCGGAGUACUCUCGAGACCCAUUUGAAGUCGGUUCUGAUCAGUUUGGGUGCGAGAGGACAAAUCAUGAACUAGGCUAAGAGAGAAUCCUCACUCCAUAACACUUAGUGUAGCUCACAAUAACAAUAGCGGAUCUAGGGGAGGGGCCCGGGGGGCCCUAGGCCCCUUCCCCUUUAUUUUGGGUAAAAAAAGAAGAAUCGCAAAAGGAAGAAGAGCCGGCAGGGCAAACGACAAAAAACCACCGCCGCCGCCCCCCCCCCCUUUUGCUCAAGGUCUGGAUCUGCCGCUGAAUAAAUUUCAGUGCUUUUUAUCUUAAUGCAUUAAGUACCGGUCCAGACAAUUUAAAGUAUUACCUGUUAAGCACACAUAAUGUUUUGUCUAAGAUGCUUAAAAAGAAUGUAAAAUUCUUAAUUUGCAGAUUGGAUUUGGACCCAUCUAAAAUUUGUAACAAAUACGAUUAUGGGCUUUGAAACCCCUUCCCUCCGCCUAAAACGUUAGUUAUUUACCUGGAUUCUAGCGUACCGACUUUUUUAAUUAUAUCAAAAUAUGAUAAACUUAAACUGGUAACAAUGCUUUUCAUUUUUGCAGGUUAUUGAGCCAUAACAAUAUAAGUGAACUGUACAUUAGCGCCCGGGAUCUUCAUUGUCCACCAGCUGCCAAACAGCGGCUAGUUUACAUGUAGGUGUUUCGUGCAAUAACAUGCUCACCCGUUGAAUUUGCAUCAUAAUUAGUCCGUUUUGUUGGACGGAAGAUUUUCCGUAUUUUGGGAUGACUGUAAAAUACAAUUGUAUACAAUGAGAUGGGUAUUUUGUGUGGUGUCAGUUUCGUUAUCACCCAUGCAGAUGGUCUGAGAAAAUUACGUUUAUAGGUCGGGGAAUAAGCAUUGAACUAAUAUGAACGGUACAAUUAACAGUUAGAUCACAAGCUUUAGAUUUCUAUCACGCAUAGUAAUCGAAAGUGAAUGAUGUUAUUGUUUUAGGAGAAAUCUACAAGUCGUUUAAGACUUAACAACAAGACGGACCCAUGUUUUUAUUUCAUUUUAUUUAACCGCACAUUGCAAGACUGGUCGCUCUACCUUCAUAUAUCACGGAACAGAUGGCGAGAACCAAAGCCGAUCAGAUUGCAGCAUGAGUAGAUUUAUAGUUAAUCGAGAGAGAUGGCAUGCGUAGCCCAUGCCAGGAGUGUUAACAACCCGCCAAGAAUUGAGGAAGACCAACUUCUACAGUUAAAAAGCAUACGACGUCGACUUGCUUCAAAGGAUAAUUUACUACCUAGUUAAGUUCAUCAACAACCUCUUACGCUUUUUUGUUUAAUUUCUUUGCAGUGAUCUCAGCUACAACAAGAUAGUUUACGUUGAGGACAGGGUGUUCCAAGACAUGUCUUCCUUGUUAGAAUUGUGAGUCUUUUAUUUCAGAUAAUAAUUUGCCUACACCCGGAAAACGAGGCAUAGCUUCGAGAAACGGUUCCCCAGACUUCGACUUCGGUCGAUUUUUCACUUGAAAUCCAUAAGAUUCAGCUUAGGUGAGUAAUGCGUACUUAGCCACCCAGAUUUUAUUUUUAGGGUCUAUGUCACUUGAUACGAGUAUCGUUUUCUCAGCAGUUACAAUCCGCAACUUAGCGCAGCCAUUUUUUUUUCUCUUAUCUUAACUAGAAGACUAAACGGAAAUUUCAUCAAAGAUAUUUGUGCUGAUACGUUAUCUGGACUCAGUGCCUUGAAAACGCUGUAAGUAAAUGGUGGUGUGAUUGUACAAGAAAUACAAGCCUUCUAUGUCAUUGCUGUCCUCAAAGAAGGACUCCGAGAAACUUCCUGUACAUGAAUUUUCCAUCUUCUAGAUAGAUUCUCCAGAAUGCAAAUGAGAAACAGCCAUUGGCUUUGAAUAGUUUCAUAGAAUAAUUUUCAUUAGACGUUUCUUCUUUUAUAACCUCUUCAAUUGGUCAAAAAUUUGCUCUAACUCAUCAACCAUCCUGAUGCAAAACUUAGACAAAUCAUGCCUUCCCAUUACGGUGAAUCACGGAGAUCAGCUAUCCGUAUUGACUUUGCCUUCAAUAGGCCCCAUGUUUGAUUUACCUUUGCUCUGAUUUGCCUUUAUAAUUAACACUAGUUUUUCUUCGAGAAGUGCUCUGAUGAAGGAGAUCUACUCGUUGCAUCCGUCUCUGCGGUUUGCAAAAACGUAACGGCUGGUGUGACCAAACUCUUUUCCUUCUUUUCAGAGAUUUGGGCGACAAUCUGCUUUCCAAGUUGGAUGACAACCCAUUUGGACAUCUAACCAACCUUCUUAUACUGUAAGCUGCUUUUUCUUCUCUUUCAUUUCAAGAGUAGAAGCAUAAACAGUGAGCGCGAGAAAGGGCAUGGAACUCGAGAGCAGCAUAUGCAGUUUCUUGUCAGAACUUGAGAACAGUUUCAGAAUUAAUUAAUUUAUCAAGCAUUAAUCAAUUUAUUAAUGAUUCGAUAGACAUUAAUCAUUGAUUAAUUUACUACUGUGAACGCUUUAAAGAAAAUGCGAGAAGGUUUGCCUAAAGAAAUAUAUACCUCAGUUAAUUUUUCUCUUGUUCAACCGUCUCGCCCGUGAUUUACUGUGUUAACAGUAGCUUACUUUGAUAUGAGAAAUGACUUCUUUAAUUCAACAGGAGCCUUCGUUCCAAUAGAAUAGAGACUAUUGAUGAAAAUUUAUUCAGGAAUACCAGCAAACUGACCCACCUGUAAGCUGGGUGUAUGUUUGUGUUUUAAUUGAUCACCUGUUUAGAUUUUUUUUUUUUCAUCUUCGUGGAAACUUGAAAGAUUAUCGGAUUAAUAUCUUCAUUAGACCACUCUACCAGCAGAGAUGUUUAUUUUUGCUCAGUUUUUUAAUGCAUUAAUUUUUUGUUAUCAACAUUUUUGUUGUUCCUCGCCAAUCCACGAUAUACACAUUUUUCUAAAAGUUUAUUGGCUUAUUGUAAACUAAGUAGUUUCUCAUAUUGUGGAAAGGUACCUUCAAAAGAACAUCACUCAAAUCAAGAAUAGUCUAUUUCAAGCUUUAUCGAGUUUGAAAGUGCUGUAAGAUGACUUGGUUUUCUUCAUCAGUUAGCUGCAGCUUUUAAGUAUUCGGCAGCAAGACUGAGCCUUAACAAUUACGAUACAUGUGCAUUCUAACCACGUCAGGAAAUUUUUUUAUUUGGAAUUCUUCUUGUCGAUAUGUCAACUCUCAUGGCUGUCUUUGAGCGAUGAUACUACUUUUGCAAAAAAAAAAGUACUUUUGACCAAUUUCAGAAAGCUGUCUAACGAGUAUUUUUUUUUAAUAAAUUAUGAAUAAACACAUAUCAAAAUUGAAAUACUUUCUAAACCCCUUAGAUAUCACACAAUUUAGGAAUACAAGCGAUUUCUUACGUGCUGGAGGGGUUAGCAUGUCAACUCUUGAAAUUUUCGAUGUCGCAAGACGUCAAAAAAAGGGCCUUUUGCAGCUUUGAUUAUUGAGAGCUCUCAGAAAAAAUUUUUGACGUAUUUCCAGGAAACCAAUGAGGUUUUAUUUACUUACUACCAAAGAUAGUUUAAUGGGUAAAGUUUGAGGCAAAACUUUCGAUGCGAAAAACCCUGGACCGCUCUUACAGAAAUCACCACUUAACUGAAACAUAUUUUCAUUAAAAAAUAACCCAUUUAAGAAGGAAUUUUUAUUUCUAAAGCUCCGACGCAAUCCUUUAAAUAGGUAUUUGAAUGACAACAAGUUAAAAACGUUGACCUCUCUCGCAUUUGAUGGACUUCGCAAACUUGAAAUUCUGUAAGUUUUUUUUUCAAAACUUUAGGUCUUCUUGCACCCCGCACACUUUGAUGUAACGCAUAGUUCGUUUGCAGUAAAGGUUCUCUGGCCACUGCAUAGAUUCUAUAAUCGAUAAAGCCAGAAUCAGUGUAGCUUAGUAGAGGAACAACUAAGCAAUUACUAAGAAAUACUAAAUACAAUUGCUCUGAGAAAACUAUUAAUAAGCUUCCACGAUUCUCACUUUUAUAUCAUCAGGCAUCUGCAAAACAAUCCGCUGGACGAAAGGAUCCCUCAAGAUGUAUUCGAAAAAGUAAAGAAUUUGAAAAUCCUGUGAGUGGCCUUUUAAAAUAGCUCCAUCUUACUGAACCGGUAGCCCUGAGCAAGCGCCUCAGUAGAAUUUAGGUCUGUAUGAGGAAAUAUACUCACAAGUUGUUACUUUUUUCAUUCAGGAGGUUUUAUCAAUCUUCGAAUAACAUACAUUAAAUCUCGUACCCAGAUUCUCACCGUUUGACUGUAACUGUGGAAGAUCUAGGUAUAGGACUAGCCUGUUACCCCCAAAAAACCACCUUAGUCUAAUACACUUUUCUCGAUUAUUUUAAUCGUUCAGGCGUUUAUUUUUAAGUUUUGAAUGGUCAAAUAUGUCUUUUUUUUCCAUGAAUGCUUAUACCUCCUAUUCCUCCCCCUUCCCUCCCCCCUCACCGUGUAAGGGGCUUAAUGGUCUUUAAACCCAACAUCUAUGCUGCACCUUUGAUUAAACUCUGUUUUUGAACACGGCCAUUGUCCCUUGCAGAGGUAAAAGUUUUUUCAUUUUUCAUUUUUCAUUCAUCUAUCUGUUUAUACUUGUCUUUAGGAAAAUCGACAAAUUCAUCCUGUGUUGCUAUGCCAAGAAAGCCAUCAAAAACUUGGACUGCCAAAGCAGUGACCAAAAUGAAUUCUCCAGCUGUGAUGACAUGAUGAAAUACCCAUUAAUCCGUGCGUGCCUCUGGGUGCUUGGCAUCCUGGCCACUUUCGGUAACUUGAUUGUCCUUAUUUGGCGCGCAUUGGUGCCCGACAACAAUCGUGUGCAGUCGCUACUCCUUUCCAAUUUAGCAAUGGCCGAUUUUCUCAUGGGUGUUUACUUACUGACUCUUGCCGCACUGGACUCCAAGUGGAAAUGGGAGUACUUCAUGCACGAUGUCUCAUGGCGCACUAGUCGUUCUUGCCGGAUCGUGGGAGCGAUUUCUAUGCUUUCCAGUGAAGUUUCCGUGGCGAUGCUAACUAUAACAACCGCGGACAGGCUAAUAUGCGUGGUUUUUGCUCUCAAAUUUGAGAGAAUGACACUUAAAUCCGCCUAUAUGGUUUGUCUGUGCGUCUGGGUAGUAGGUGUGGUCUUGUCCAUAAUACCCAUAUUGGACAUAGAGUACUUCCUCGGCAAUUCAAACGGGAUGAGCUUUUUCUCGCAGUCAGCAGUUUGCUUGCCUUUGCAGCUUUCCAGCGAGAAACCCUCGGGUUGGGAAUAUCUCAUGGCGAUCUUCAUAAUCUUCAACUUUUGUUCGUUUUUCUUCAUUCUCGUCGCAUAUAUGGCCAUCUACUGGACCAUAGUGAAACUGGUAGGCGGAUCAGCAUCUGCACACAUGCAACAAGAGUCUGCACGAGCCAAUCGUCUUUUCAUCAUUGUGUUGACAGAUUUUUUAUGCUGGAUGCCGGUUAUCAUUAUGGGUAUCAUGUCUUUGACAAACGCUUCCUACUCUUCUAAUCUCACAGGCAUGGUUUAUGUCUGGGUGGCCGUUUUCGUUCUUCCUCUCAACUCAUCAGUGAAUCCAAUCUUGUACACUCUCGCCACUUCGAAAGUGAAAGAAAAACUUGGGUCUGUCUUCUCAAAGUUUUCCAUUCGUAACAAGCAAGGUAAUGUGUCGAAGUAAAGAUACAGUGUUUCCUCGAAUAAUCGCCCGAGUGCUUAAUAUUUAAAACUUCAGCUAAAAGGAAGGGCGCUUAUUAAACCUAGGGCGCUUAAUAGAGGAAGGCGCUAAUUAAGUUAGCGCAGCAGUAAGAAGAAAAUUAAAUGAACAGGCCACGCACAUAAAGGAACUCCGCAAGAGCAUGGAGAUUGAAAUAAUUGGAAGUGACUUCCUCAAUGGAAAUGAAACUUUUCUCCUGUACUGAAUGAAAGUGGUCAGUUGAAGCUUAAAAAAUAUAAAUGAAGUGGCAAUAGAAACAGGUUUUCCUUGUUUUCCUACUAUUUAAGAAAGUGAGGGAGAAGAGGGGAGGGGGGGCACUUAUUCGAGAAAGGUGCUUGUUUGACAUACUAGCCAAAGGGGAGGGCGCUUAUUGGAGCGUGAGUGCUUAUUCGACGAAAUACGGUAGAAAAAAAACUUUCAUAUCAGGGUCACAAAGGCAAUUUAUUUUUCCUAUUUUCCUUCUUUCUUGUCUCUGCCUUCUCUCCUAAUCUCGUACCCAGAUCCUACGGUGGAACUGGAAUGUACGCACGGCCGUGUAAAUUCUGGGUACGAGACUAUUUCCCUCCUUCCCUUGCACCGUUUUUGCAAGAGGGAAGAUUUGCAGAAGAGGCCCAUCAUGCAGUGCUAGCUUUGAAACACUAUCUUGUAAAAAUUUGAUUGCCGCGUUUUGUCUUUUUCCUUUUCCAGGACGUGCCCAUCCAAGUCUUGAAAUGGCCAGCAUGCCCUCCGACCGCAAUUAUGCAAACACGAUUGACUGGAGUAUUAGUUCAGAUCUUACCUCCCCUCCCAUGACUAUAGUUGAAGUACCGUUGAUUCUCCAGGAGGAGUCAAGUGACAAAAUUGUACGAAGCUGAGUUUACGAGUUAAAUUCUCGACGAGUUUCUCAAAACUACAUCUGUUGGAAAUACUUUAGAGCUUUCUUCACGAAAUUAAAUAAGCUCUGAAUCAAGGCAUUUGAUACAUACCCUGAUCAAACAUAUUUGUUUAAGAAAGCCAUGCAAACGAAAUAGCUUUUUUCGGGUUAAUUACAUCAGAAGGAACGGAAUACGUACAGCGUUCAAGGAUAGUUUCGAAGUAUGAGGAAAGGGCAAGGGCGUGGCUGAAGGGAUUUAAGGGUAUUCAUUUAAAGCUUCAUUCUCAGUCAGAAUAUAUUCAUGGAAGUGCGAAUAAAAAAAACAUUUUGUGCCGACUCUGAUAAGAGUUCCACUAAAAUUGUGUAUCGGGAGAACACGAGCUCACGUCCUAUUGAAUGUGUAUAUGUUAUUAUUUUGAUCGUUAAGAAAGUUCUCCUUAGUCAACUUGUUAAGGCUGUUUCUUCAAUCAUCAUACAGGGUUAUGUAGUUUGUCGCGAAGAGGAUCCGCAAACCGACGAACCUACUUUGUUCCUCGUCAAAUGGUUUUCACAAGACAAAGUACAAGAGUGGGAAAGAGAGGUGUCCAUCCACAUAAAGAUGUCACAGACGGGGAAUCAUCCCUGUGUUUUACCUUACCUCUGGCACUUAAAAGGUGAGAUGAUCUAAAUACCUGGCGUUGAAGGUGUCCUAGCAUGCCACUGCUCAAAAUACAUGUUUUACAAGUACUCUCGGUUGUCAUGACACGGCCACCGUCGUGUCACGCUUGUGUAACGCUUGCCGUACAACCAUCUUAAACGAUCGUCGAUGUCGUGUUCAAGCUGAGAUCAAUGGAAAAUCCCGAUAACGUGAGUUAGUGAGUAUUUGAAAACUUACAUGUCUGAGUGUGACCCCAUCCAGCUAAACAUGGGAUAAAUCCUUUUCUUUUAGCCACCAGACAACAAAUUAUACAUAAUUCACUCUAUUUUUAGCUGAGGGUUGUCGACUGACCAGGAGUCACGGUGAUCUACCAUCAUUGCCACCGCAAACCUGGUGAGUUACUUUUUAUUUUAUUAAUCGAGUGACAAAAUACAGAGAAAGAGUAUUUAAAUAUUUUGCCUUAUCGGCACACUGUACUCGAUCUUUCAUGUUCCUCCACCCUCAUUAGCAAUAUUUCAUCAUUUCUAACAAUCAUGAUAAUUAAUAUUAUGAUCACUAGGAGUAAGGAAAGGGGUAUGAGAUAUUUGCAAUAGAGCGCUUUUCGAUCAAGGGUUCGAUACAAAACUCGAAGUAUUCAUACCGUGGAUAUUCGGAACAAAGAGGAAAGUCAGAGAGAGUCGAAGAGAAGUCAGAGUAACUCGACAUAGGCGACCUAAAGCGCGGGAAAACGUGAAUGGCCGUGUAAGUCAUGUUUGAACCGGAUUGGUUGGGAAUCAGAGAUGGGGUAAGAGUCCUUGGCCAAUCACUACAAAGCCAAGUGAACGCAAUGGCGGACCACUCACGACUCUUAAUCGAAAAUUUAUUUACAAUGGAUGAUUAAACUUCUAUACACGAGAAGAAAAGCUGUGAUGAAGAGGACUCGUUUUUGCAGAAAGGAACAGACUAGUUGUUAUUUUUUUUGUAAGUGCAUGCGCUUAUUCUGAAGGUCUUCCUUACAGAGCGUCGGGUCUGUCAUAUAUUGGUGACGCAGACCAACCUUAUGAGAGGUGAACUCUCUGUAUUAGUAGCCCCCCUACUAAUUUAAAAAAAAGGAACAAAAACAAACUACGGCCUCCAAGUGAGUUCUGAAAUGAUUUCGUUUGUUGUUUUUUCUUUUCUUUUCUUUUUUUUUUCGUAAUUAGGCUCAUCUGCUUCCAGUUUGUAUCAAACACAACACUGAACGCGUUCAUGAAGGACGAAUCCGCCGCCAUACUCGAGGCCAAACUUCUUUGUAGACUAGCCACUGAUGUGCUCCAAGCUUUACGGUUCAUACACCAGUGUGGUAUUUGCCACAACAACAUCAACAUUGAUAGCAUUUUAAUACAAAAAGACACGGAGAGGGUAAGAAAUAGAAUUGUCUAUCCUUGUUCAAAGUAUGCUUCUUCUGUGCAUCUUUGUCGUAGGAGACGGAUAAGGUACCAUGAGACGCCAUGUGCUUGCUUUAACACUUUUGCUCUUAAUGGAGAACAGUAUUUGGGGUAUUUCUGUUGAAGAAAGGAGCAUGUCAACUAUAGGAUAUUGUUUGCCGAGUUUAGCACCAAAUUAUCAAGUAUAAAAUUGGGGAAUUGUGAGAACAGUAGACACAGUAGGAUAUUUACAUCAAGGUUAGCUCAGAGGCUGAGUCAAGCCUUAGUCUCCUUACAAGGACAAAAAUAUUUAGUCUCAACACAAUUUAAACUUAUUAUCCAUCAAGCAGAUAAUAAUUACUAAGAUAGGAAUAACUGCCCUUCACAUUCCCUCUCUGAUCAAAUACAAUGUUGUAGCUUAAUGUAACACCAAAUUCCAUCAACCAAUUUACAAAGGACAUGAUGUACAUCCCAUAGCAGGGGUAAUAAAAUACAAGAUUCUAGAAGUUUACGGUGUAAUAAAUAUAUGCUUGGAGGUACCCCCUCGAAGGGAACACCUAUCCAAGGCUGGAAGUGAAACACAAGAAAAGGUUUUUCUGAGGCAGGCGAAAGAGUUAGGGGCACGCAAAUAGUUGGUGGGUUAUUCAAGGAAGAAGCACGAAAAAGUGUGCUUUGUUUUAUGCAAAACACUUGAUACGUCUUUUAUUUGAUAGUCACAAGAUUUUUAGGCUGCUAUGCUUUACUUCUUACAACAGUUUCCCAGCUUCCGCGCGGUUCUAUGUGGUUUUGGUUGCGCUUCUCAUCACAAUCCAGUAACCUUGCCUGAUGACAUGGUUCAGUUUGCUCAGCUGUUACGCGUGAUGACUGACAGAAGUGCUGAGCUUCAGGACACAGUUGAAGAGGUACAGUAUAAACAAUAA